AAUCAAAUAAAAUCUGAGCUGCAAGAACAGAAGCAACAGAAACGACUUUUGAAAGAAUUGCAUCUCAAAAGAGUGCAAUCAUUGCGUAAAGAAUUAGAGUACCUUAAGUCAACCGAGUGGAAAUACCAACCUAUAGAUAGAUAUUUGGAUCAGAGCUAUAGAAACUAAAAAUGUUAUCUUUCAUGUAUAAUAUUAUUAAUAAUGUUUUUGGAUAUAAAUAUUUCUCGCAACCAGAAGAAGAUGACAUAAAUGUUGUUAUAGCUCGCCUUGAAAGUCUUCAGAAAGAAGAUGCAUUGACAUCAAAGAAUGAAGAAACCUGUGAAGAAACCUAUGACGAAGAAGGAAGUUAUUAUAAAACAGGAAAUGUUACGUUCGUCAAUGAUGAAUAUGUUCUUAUAGACAAUUGUUAUAUGUGCGAAACAACCAAUGUACUAACUAGUAAGCCUAAAGUUGGAGAUAUGGUUUACUACUUUGCAUACAAAAAAAAUGAAGAUAAUGAUCAAAAAAUAUAUAAGAUUAUAUCUAUAAUAGAAGAGUCUUGGGAUGAUACAGUUAUUGUACCACAAACAAAUAUUGUUAAAGUAGACAUAUUAACGAAAACUAUUAUUGGAAAAGUAAUUAGUCGGAAGGGGAGAAAAGUAUUCAUUGAUCCUAAUGACAUUUGUAUUGAUCUAGAUAAGAUAAAUUCUGAAUUUAUACCUAUAGUUGGAGAUUGGUUGCAGUUGGAAUGUUUGGUAGAAUUUGACGAGAAAAAAACAGAUUUAACUGGAAAAAUUAUAGAGAUUAAUAGAAUACGACCUUUAAGAUCUAAAUUGGAUAUUAAUGUUAUAACUGUUUAUGAUCCUAUAAAGGAGUAUGGAACAAUUGGAAAAACUACUGUAUUUAAUAAAGCUGUUUGUGAAUCUGGUUACAUACCUUAUGUAGGUGAUAAAGUAGCUAGUGAUACUAUAGAAAGUGAUCAAGGCAUCUAUUCAUGGAGAUCUUUGACUGUAGUCCCAUUAUUGCAGGUGCCGGAUAAAACCAAGCAACUUCCAAUUCCAGAGUCUUCGCAAUCUUUUCAAAUACCGCAACUUGAUUUGGAUACAUUGAUUAAAGAUAAAUGUGGCAUAAUUAUUAGCAAUGAUUUAAAAAUCAAUGUAAAUAUACAAGAAGAGAAAGAUAUAUUUGUUUUAAUACAGAACACAAGCUCUAGUAGUCAUAUGUUAUGUAAAGGGUGCUUUAUGUCAAAGAAAGCACAAUCACAAUUAUCUUUAGUAUGGCCUGAAGUUAAGCAAACUACCAUUUUAAAUCCUUCUGCAACAAUUUCCUAUCAAUUUAAGUGCAAUGCAAAAUUUGUAGGAAUUUCUGAAGAAUUAUUUAUCUUUAUUUUUAAAGGAUUCCAAAUAGGAAGAAUUUUUCAAAUAAAUGUUGAAUCAAAAAAUAUCUUAGAUACUCAAAAAAGAUGUACUUAUAAGAGAGAUAACUAUGUUCCAUUUAUAGAUAAGGAAGAAGAAUCGAUGUAUAUUCCAGGGAUACGACCCUGUAAACCACCUGCAUUUAUAAAAAUGCGUAAUGGUACAUUUAAAGUACCAAAGCGCUUUUGGGAUGCCGUACUAAAUAAUUUAAAUAAAUCACAAAUUGAAUGUGAAAUUGCAAUUGGAAAUGCAAUACCUUGUUUAUUGCAAAGACUAUGCUUUGAAACAUAUAGAGAUCGGUUUCAUGCUUUAUUAUAUUUGGAAGAAAUUGAUCAAACUUUUGCUAUGCAAAAAUAUGACAUGGAAAGUGCUGUGAUGAAACAUUGUGGGGAAUAUCUUAGCUUAAAAGUACUUGGUCUAGCAGAAAAACGACCUUCUCUCCUUAUUGGUGAUAAAGCUAUAAUAUCCUUCAAAUGGGAUAAACAUCAUGGUAAACUGAAAUACGAAGGAUAUAUUCACAAAGUGACAAGUACAGAGAUUUUCUUAAAAUUUAAUAAAAAAUUCCAACAGGAAUAUAAUAAUGAAGAUUGUCAAGUAUCAUUUAAAAGUUCUACUACUGUUAUGCAACGUUGUCACAAUGCUGUUAAUUUAGCAGUAUUACAUUUAGGACCUGAAUUUCUUUUUCCUACUCGUGUUAUUACAAAAGAUCCACAAGUAAUUUUAGAUGAAGUUGAUAGCGAAGAAAGAGCACCUAGUGAAAAGGAAGAAUAUAAACGAAAUGGAUCAGUUUCAUCUGUAUCUUCAAGUACAACUAGCGAUAAUUCUGAUAGUACAACGAAAUCAUUGCCAAGAGUAUCAGUUGCAGAAAGACUUUUUAAAGUCAAACCUAUAGAACAACCUAAAAAUAUAACAGGAUAUACUAAUUUGGCCACGGUUGAUCAUGAUACUGAUAACACUAAGAGUAUUGGUGAAUUUAAUAAGGAUAAGGAUAAGGAUAAAGAUAAAGAUACAGAAAAAGAUAAAGAUAAAGAUAUAGAAAAUGAUAAAGAUGCAGAAAAAUAUAAAGAUAAAGAUACAGAAAAAGAUAAAGAUACUUCUGUUUUUUCUGACACAGGAUGUAAAAAGGAAGAAGAUCCAGAUUCUUCCAAUACCUCUGAUAUUGAUGCAGCAUUAAAUAAAUGUAUUUCACAAAUAAAAAAACGGAAGUUAAUUUGGUUUAAUAAAAAUUUAAAUUAUUACCAAAAAGAGGCUGUAAAAAAUAUCUUAAAAGGAUUAGCUCGUCCUUUGCCAUAUGUGAUAUUUGGCCCACCUGGUACAGGAAAGACUGUUACUUUAUGUGAAACAAUUUUACAAUUAUUAACAAUUCUACCCGAAAGUAGACUUUUAAUUGCUACACCAUCAAACAGUUCGGCAAAUUUAAUAUUGGAACGACUAUUGGAGAGUAAUAUAUUGAAACCUGGUGACGUGGUACGACUUAUAGCGCAUCAUUGUCUAGACGAUGGUACUAUACCAAAAAAAUUACUGCCUUACUGUGCAACUGCGGACAUAGCUAAAGAAGGAACACGUCAUAGAUUUGAAUCAUCUGUUCAAGGGCCUAAGAUUAAUUGUACUAUGAGUACAAUUGGACGUCAUAGAAUUACAAUUGGCACUUGUACUGCAUUGGGAGUGUUAUACAAUAUGGGCUUUUCUCGCAGUCAUUUCUCUCAUGUACUAAUAGAUGAAGCAGGCCAAGCAACAGAGCCAGAAAUUAUGGUACCAUUAAGUUUCAUUCAUGCUAGUCAUGGACAAGUAGUUCUUGCAGGUGAUCCACUACAACUUGGUCCAGUUAUACAAAGUAAAUUGGCAAAACAGUUUGGUUUGGAGGAAUCAUUUCUCUCAAGACUACUUUAUCAAUUUCCUUAUCAAAGAGAUCCUGAAGGAUUUGAAACCUGUUAUGAUCCUAGACUUGUAACAAAACUUAUUAUAAAUUAUCGAAGUUUACCAGAAAUACUAGAACUGCCCAAUUCAUUAUUUUACAACUCCGAAUUACAAGCAAAAAUUUCAUCUAAAAAUAGUGACGAAGCGCAGCUUUUACGGACACUAGCUGAAGAAUUGCCUGAAAGGACAGGAUUACCGCCAGCUAUACUUUUUCAUGGAAUAAAAGGAAAAAAUUUAAGAGAUUCCGAUAGCCCAAGUUGGUAUAAUCCUGAAGAAGCAACACAAGUAUACAUUUACCUUUUAAGAUUAUACAACUGUGGAAUUUCUCCAGAAGACAUUGGUAUCAUAACACCUUAUCAAAAGCAGGUUUUGCAAAUUCGACAAUUACUUUGGGAAUUAAAUAUUGUAUGUCCAAAAAUCAGCAGUGUUGAAGGAUUCCAAGGACAAGAACGAAAAAUAAUAAUCCUUUCAACAGUGCGAUCCUCUACAAAUUUUAUCGCUGAGGAUAUCAAACAUGCUCUGGGAUUUAUUGCUUCACCAAAAAGAUUAAAUGUUGCUAUCACUCGUGCACGUGCUUUACUCAUUAUUCUUGGAAAUGCUGAAUUAUUAGCUGAAGAUCCAUAUUGGAGAAGUGUUCUCAUCUAUUGUCUUGACCGAAAUAGUUAUAUUGGAUGUAAUUUCGUACCAUUUCAUCUUAAUAAUUCUUUUAUAAAAAAAGAUAGUACAUUGGAUGAAACUUAACAUAUCAUAUAUAUGUAUGUACCACUGGUAAUGUAAAAUAUGUGAAAGACAUUUUUAUUUUUGUAUCACUCUUUUCUUUAUUAAUUAGGUGUUUCAACGCACUGAUAAUAGUCAGGAAAAAUAAAAAACCAGAUAAUGAAUAAGAUAAAUAUAUUACAUUUUUCUAUCUAAAUGUAAUCAGUAAUAAGUAAAUGUAGUCUUUUUUUUAUUUUAGAAAAGAUUUAUUAUUCUAAAAGAUUUAUAUCGAUUUUUCGAAAAUGGAUAAAACAUUUUUUUUUUUAUAUAGUAAAUUUGAUAGAUUUUUAUACAAUGAUGUAUGAAGUUAUGCAUCAAGCAGUAAUACAGCGUAUUCUCUAAUAAGUUUAUAUGCUCGAGAUAAGUUAUAAUGCUGUGAAUCAUCUUCAUAUUCAUAUAUUUUGUCAUACAGUUUUGUAUAAAAUGUUUAGACGUCACACAUCCAUAUUCCAAGAACGAUGAUACUGUAAAAAAAUAUAUCUUUACUAAGUAUAAUCUUUAAAAACAAAAGUAUAUUAUUAUGGAUUCUAAAUUCUUAGAGUAAAGCACAGAUAAAGUUAUAUUUUAUUUAUAAAAAAUAUAUUAAUGUGUUACAAAAUUAAAAAAUUCUAUAUUGUUAAAUAAUUUUGGAAGUUUAUAAAAAAUGUUAUUUUUUAUUUUAUGCUAAAUUACUUUAUAUUGCUAUGAUGAAAAUAAAUCAUACAAAACAUAUCACAACUCUUAUUACGAAUGUUAAUAUAUAAAAUAUCUGGUAACUUAAAUAAUCUUUGCAAAUAAACAGUGAUGCAUCUUAAAUGAGGCUGACAAUGAGAACGCAAAAAAAACAAUUACACGUUUCUUUACAUUGUGUAUAUGUGUAUUAUAUAUAUAUACACACACAUAUAUAUAUAUAUAUAUACCUAUACAUAUAUACACAGGCGCACAUGAAAUUGUUUUCACCAUCAGUAACGUGACUAUCCUGUCAUGCUUUGAUGUAAAAAUCUCUUGCUUGUUGAUAUUAAGUAGCAUCAAACUCUUUAUAAUAAAAUUAUUGACUUCCAACUACCUUUAUUUCCACUAUUAUUGCGAUUUGACAGAUUCAAAACAAAGAACAAGACACUCUAAGUGGAGUUUGUUACAAGCGAUACUGACCUCUAUUAGUUCCACAUUAUACUUACUGGAUCCUGAUUCUUCGCUUUUACUUUCCGUUCGAUUAGAUUUUCUAAAGCUUCACUCCGUACACUUAAGGUUUCAAUUUUUUCAACCAGUUGUUGGUAUGGAGAUGCUGGCUGUCCACCCAUUACAACGUGUCCUAAUUUACUGUCUAUUUUUGCAUCUAAUCGAGCAUUACGAAUUAAAUUAACUAUCCAACAUUCUGCUACAUCUGCCUUCAUAU